AUAUUUAUAUAUCUUUUUCUUUCACUUUCUUUCUCAAACUCUCACGCAAAAUAUUCCAAAACUCACACUUCUGGUUCCAAGUUUCGCCCGCGUGGCUUUUUCGUGUUUGUUCUUUUUAUGUCGCCAUCGUCAUGGUUGUUCACCUGCUAUCCACAUUUUGUACUUCAAUUAAACGAAGUAUAAUUUUUCUCCGAAUAUUUUAAUUUAUUAGUAGCUUCGUAGAGCACGGGACUAGGGAAGAGUUUUCCACGACAGGGUCAUCCUUGAACUCCUUCCAUGUGCAGUAAUAACUUUGCUUUCUUCAAUCUCUGCAACCCCAUCGUUGAUCUGGAAAGUCGCCUCCUUUGUUAAACAAUCAGAUAUUUUUUCCUCCAUAAAUUACUAAUAGUUGCGUUUUUGGCAAAUGGGUCUUCCUUGAAUCUCUAAAUUCGCAGUAAAAAUGCCUUCCCUGAAUUGCUGAGACCACUUAUCAUGGAUCUGGAACCUGGGAUUGAUCAAAACCAAGUUAAGAGAGAGUCAUGGAAGACAGUGCUUACUCUGGCUUAUCAGAGUCUUGGCGUUGUCUAUGGAGAUUUGAGCAUUUCACCAUUAUACGUAUACAGAAACACGUUCGCUGAAGAUAUUAUACACUCGGAAACCAAUGAAGAAAUUUAUGGCGUAUUCUCCUUUGUUUUCUGGACUCUCACUUUGGUUCCUUUGCUGAAAUACGUGUUUAUUGUGCUCAAAGCUAACGAUAAUGGCGAGGGUGGCACAUUUGCGCUAUACUCGUUGCUAUGUCGACACGCUCGAGUGAGUUCACUGCCCAAUUGCCAGAUGGCAGACGAGGAGCUGUCGGAGUACAAGAAUGGCAGAAUUAGUUUGGACCCAAAGACCGGUUUUGGGUCGACGUUGAAAUCUGCGUUAGAGAGGCACAGGGUUUUGCAAAGAGUUCUGCUUGUUCUGGCUUUGAUUGGUACUUGCAUGGUGAUUGGUGAUGGUGUGCUCACACCGGCUAUUUCUGUUUUCUCUGCGGUUUCUGGUCUCGAGCUUUCGAUGUCAAAAGAGCAUCACAAAUAUAUAGAAGUUCCAGUUGCAUGCCUCAUACUGAUAUGCUUGUUUGCCCUUCAACAUUAUGGCACCCACAGGGUUGGCUUCUUGUUUGCUCCUAUAGUUUUGACAUGGCUAUUGUGCAUUAGUGCCAUUGGUAUAUACAAUAUAUUUCGGUGGAAUCCUCAUGUAUAUCGAGCACUUUCUCCAUAUUACAUGUAUCAAUUUUUGAGGAAAACUCAAAGAGGAGGUUGGAUGUCCUUGGGUGGAAUUUUGUUGUGCAUAACAGGUUCAGAAGCCAUGUUUGCUGAUCUUGGACAUUUUUCACAAUUGUCAAUCAAGAUUGCUUUCACGUCUGUGGUUUAUCCAGCUUUGGUUCUUGCAUACAUGGGGCAAGCUGCCUAUCUAUCUGAACAUCAUUUUAGUGUGAAUGACUACCAUAUUGGAUUUUAUGUGUCUGUACCCGGGAAGUUAAGAAUUCCUGUUCUGGUAAUAGCCAUACUUGCUGCAGUGGUGGGAAGCCAGGCCAUCAUCACUGGAACUUUCUCAAUCAUUAAACAAUGCUCUGCUCUGAAUUGCUUCCCAAAAGUGAAAAUAGUCCACACAUCAUCCAAAAUGCAUGGUCAGAUUUAUAUCCCUGAGGUCAACUGGAUCUUGAUGCUUUUAUGCGUGGCUGUUACUAUUGGUUUCAGAGACACAAAGCGCUUGGGUAAUGCAUCAGGUUUGGCAGUUAUCACCGUCAUGUUGGUCACCACCUGCUUAAUGUCUCUUGUUAUCGUCCUGUGCUGGCAUCGGAGUGUCUUACUUGCAAUUUGCUUCGUGUUCUUUUUUGGAACAAUUGAAGCUCUCUACUUCUCAGCUGCGCUCAUCAAGUUCCUUGAAGGAGCCUGGGUCCCUAUUGCCCUUUCAUUCUUCUUCCUGAUCAUUAUGCAUGUUUGGCACUAUGGCACGCUCAAGAAGUAUGAGUUUGAUGUGCAAAACAAGGUCUCCGUCGACUGGCUACUCAGCCUGGGUCCCAGCCUAGGCAUCGUACGAGUCCACGGCAUUGGCCUCAUACAUACUGAGCUUGUCUCUGGAAUCCCGGCAAUCUUUUCCCACUUUGUCACCAACCUUCCUGCCUUCCACCAGGUCCUAGUUUUUCUCUGCAUCAAAUAUGUCCAAGUCCCACAUGUUAAACCUCAGGAACGGUUUCUUAUUGGGCACAUUGGCCCCAGGGAGUACAGGAUCUACAGAUGCAUCGUACGAUAUGGAUAUCGUGACGUUCACAAGGAUGAUGUUGAGUUUGAGAAGGAUCUUGUAUGUAGUAUAGCAGAGUUCAUACGCUUCGGGAGCCUUGGAACCAAUCAACCAAUUGAAGAUUUAGGUGGAAUAAUUGAAGAUAUACGGAAGGAUGAAGACAAAAUGACCGUGGUUGGGACUUGUUCUACGCUUGCAAACAGAAUUCAAAUUGACGAGGACGAUAUGAGCAAUGUAGAGUCAGUUGGCACAUCAGAACUUAGAGAGAUAAAGUCACCACCCAUGAUCCGAUCAAGAAAAAGGGUAAGGUUUCAGGUGCCAGAGGGCCCAAAGAUAGACACAAUUGCGAGGGAGGAAUUGCAGGAGCUGGUGGAAGCUAGGGAAUCUGGGAUAGCUUACAUACUGGGGCACUCCCAUAUGAAAGCAAAGCAAGGAUCUAGCAUGCUUAAGAAGCUCGUAAUAAACUAUGGCUAUGAAUUCCUGCGGCGGAAUAGCAGGGCAACCACCUAUGCAUUCACUCUACCACAUGCGUCUACUUUGGAGGUGGGGAUGGUCUACCAUGUUUGAUCCUGCUUCCUUAGAAUCAUAAUUUGUCGUGUACAUGUUGUAAUCUUAUGCAAGCAACAGUUAAAGACCACCACCUUUUUGGACGGUGAAUGAAAGAACUUACACACAAUUCAGUCA